UUAAACUCAUCGGUCAUCACCCACCAUUUCUUCCCUGAGCGCCUUAUCUCCUCUCCCAAUAAUGCCUAUUUCCGCGUCCCCCACAGAGGAGAGAGCCACACUCUCGUGGCGCAAAAUUCCCCACUUCAAAUACGACGCCGUUCAGCCCCGCCUCCGUCGCAACACCACCACCACCCUCACUUUCGCCACCGCCACCGGCGGCUCUAAAUUCGCCUCCGUCUCCGUGGCGGAGCCCAAACUGCACCACGAUUUCAUGCCCACGCCGUCCCAGCUCUUCAAGAACCCCCUCGCCGCCUUCGCCAUCGUGCCCCGUGACGCCGCUCUCUUCUCCGCCGGAGCCAUCGCCGGCGCCGCCGCCAAGACCGUCACCGCGCCGCUCGACCGCAUCAAGCUCCUCAUGCAGACUCAUGGUGUGCGUCUUGGGCAAGAUAGUGCUAAGAAGGCAAUAAGUUUCAUUGAGGCCAUAGCAGUUAUAGGGAAAGAAGAAGGUAUUCAAGGUUACUGGAAGGGCAACCUCCCUCAGGUGAUUCGAGUUGUACCUUACAGUGCUGUCCAGCUUUUUGCUUAUGAAAUUUAUAAGAAAAUAUUCAAGGGAGAGAAUGGCGAGCUCUCUGUUGCAGGAAGACUUGCAGCAGGUGCUUUUGCUGGAAUGACAUCCACUUUUAUAACUUACCCAUUAGACGUUCUAAGAUUGCGAUUAGCUGUUGAACCUGGUUAUCGGACCAUGUCAGAGGUUGCCUUAAGCAUGCUAAGGGAGGAAGGAUUUGCAUCUUUCUAUCGUGGCCUUGGGCCUUCUCUAAUUGCAAUAGCUCCUUAUAUUGCAGUGAACUUUUGUGUUUUUGACUUAUUGAAGAAGUCAUUGCCUGAGAAAUAUCAAAAGCGAACUGAAACAUCUAUACUCACAGCUGUCCUUUCGGCAUCUCUUGCUACACUUACAUGCUAUCCUCUGGACACUGUGCGAAGACAGAUGCAAUUGAAGGGCACACCUUAUAAGACAGUAUUAGAUGCUCUUUCAGGUAUUGUGGCACGAGAUGGGGUUGCUGGUUUGUAUCGGGGAUUUGUGCCCAAUGCUCUAAAAUCCCUUCCUAACAGCAGCAUCAAGCUUACCACAUAUGACAUUGUUAAGCGCCUAAUUUCUGCUAGCGAGAAAGAAUUUCAAACAAUUGCAGAGGAAAAUCGCAUCAAACACAAGAACACUAACAAUCAAUGAUAUUGAACUUCAAAUUCGUAUUGUUUUAGCCAGUUUUCUCCCUGAAAAUUUUGUGGAAUCAAUGCAGUCACUAUAGAAUUUCUCAUUAUUUGUGGGUAUUACUUUAGCCUAUAUUUGCGGAUAGUGAUGAUGAUUAUCCAUCUGCCAAUGCUUCUGCAUCAAUUGGCUGAGAAUUUUGUAGGAUGUUUUUGCUUUGUGCAGUGCAAUUGCUAUAUUCUUUUGAUGAAAUUCAUUAUUAGCUGUAAUUUUUCUGGGAUGUUUUACUUGGCUAUAGAAUAUGAAAGGAAUGUUAUUUACAAACUCUUUUCACUUUA